CAAGAAAAAGAAGUGAGGUAUCAAUUAAUCCUUUCCCUCUCGCGCCUGAUCUGAGGUUAGUACUACUACAAUGAUCUCUCUCUCUCUCCAUGAUCAAUCUAACAUACAUAGGUUUUAAUUCAACAGAAAAACGGUGUAAUUAAAGAAAUUUCUCAAUUCAUCGCGAACAAAUACAAUACUCCUACUAUAUAUACUGUGCUUGUAUUUUUUUUUGCCCUUUUUCGGUCACAAUGUUUGUUUGGAAAAGGUGCUUUAUGCUGUUGUCCGUAUUUUCUUCUAUUUGUUAGAGAUAAAAAAAAUCCAAAAUAAAAAAUUUAUUUAUAUAAGUAUUCAAGGAUACAUUGCACUUUGCACCCAAAAGAUCUUUACAUUCUCAAUUUAUGCCCUAAACUUGCACCAUCAAUUAAACAAAAAGAUAAAAUUACUCCAAUUUCAAGAAUAUUGAGUGCCAAAACAUUGUUGAAAACACUUGUGAUUGAGUAUUAUGUAAAUAAUUAUGUAUAGAAAUUGGGUACAACAACAAAAUUAGUCAAAAAAUAAUGAAUAUUUAUUUUUGAACUACACCGUCACCGCUAUAUUUAAUCUCUCAAGUUUAUAAGGUUAAACUGAAAAAUUAAGAAUUUGUUAGGGGGCAAAGUAUCAUUUACCCAAAAUUCUAUUUAUAUUUCAGUGUAUGGUUGUUUUUUUUUUGAUCGGAAGUGUAUGGUUGUUGAGGCAGAUAUUACUGAACAGCCGAACGGCGUGGAUAUAGCUGGCUCGUACAGGUGUUCACGUGCUGUCGUCAAAUCCUCGCAAAUAUUUUUUUAUUUAAUUUUUAAUCUGGAGCACAUUUAUAUCUAUCCGCGUUGAAAUUUUCGCGCGCUUUGUCUGCGCGUGGGAGUUACCCUCCCCUCAAACAGAGGUUGGUCGAUCUGCCUGUGCUGUCGACACGUGUCCUGUGGGUUUGAUUCAUCAACCAUAACGAGCAAGCCCAGUUCCUCUAUUUGUUUGGGCUUGGGCCGGCGUUUAAUUUGAUUGAUAUAAAAAUGGCCUGCAUAUUUAUGUAUUAAAAAAAAAAAAAAAAACAGAAGCCUGCAAUUUGUCAUUUUCUUGCUGGCUUUGGGCGGCAGGCUGGAAUAUAGCUAAGAAAAACGUCUAACACGGGCUCUUAUUUUUUUUCAAGGUUAUUAUUUCAGCUAAUUUUUUUAUUUAAAUUCUGAUACUUAGAAACAAAAGAAUCAGAGUAAUUUGCAUUUGAUGCAUCAACUUUUUAUCCCUCGUGUUUUACAGUGGGGUACAACUACGGUACUCAAAAAAUUUUGGUAUCAUAAUGAAAGUUAUUAUUUUUAAAUGUCAAGUUUUACUUUUUUUAAAAGCAAAUUUAUAAAUGUUUGAGGUAAUUUAUGGUUGAUCAUAACAUUUUGUAAUCAAUCAUGAAUUGUAAUUUUUUAUUUACGAAUUGUAACUUGACCUUUAAAAUUUAUAAUUUUUUGAUCGAUCGCAAUGGCUUGUAAUUUGUACCUUCCAAAAGUUGUAAUUUGACCUUAAAACAUUGUAACUUUUGGUACGGUACUGUUCCUCCUUACAGUAAUCUGACAUGCAUACCAUAUCAGAGGAGUGAGGGAAUGCUAAACUCCUCUACUGUAUAUAAAGCAUUAAAAGUAAGCCCUUUACCCCCCACACAUAGAUGAUGCCAUUACCUGUAAUUAGGUGAGUAUGGCAGUAUACGUUUGGUGGCAAUUUGGGCUGAGAGAUUAUUUGAUGUAGGUUUCAGUGAUAUCUUCCAACCUAUUCAAUAUGUGCUAUCUUGUUGGUAAUUGAUGUUGUUGCUGUGCAACCCUGAAUAUACAUAUCGCUAUAAAUGAAGUUGAUUUGCACAACAUCAAGUCUGGAAAUCUACAAUUACAACAUGAUAGUUUUCUGAUAAUUCAUCGUUUAACAUGUAUCUUUCUUUUUUAGUCCAGAUCUUUUUAUCAACUUGCAAAUCUGACCAACCCAGCAAAAUGGCAUCUUUGGUAAGUAAGUAAACUACAGCAAAUAUCAGACCAUGACAAGUGUCACUAUGAUAUAGAGUGAAGGAUAUUCGAUUUGAAUUUGUUAUUACACUUGAAGGUUUCCUCAAAUGUCAAUCCUGUCAAAUUCUAAUAGUUUGAGAUUCUAAAUUACCCUGCUUCUAGUAAAUGACCCCUUCCUAGAAUUUUUUUAGAUAUUUCUACGCCUUUUAAGCUUUUAAGUUUUGUGUUUUUACAACUGUGCUCCUUUUAUUGAAAACCCUGCCACUUUUGAGCUUCUAUGUCAGUUGGCUACAUUUUUUAUUGUGAAUUCAGGGUAAGCCAAAUAGGAUGAAGAGGACAGAAUCAAAAAAGUCACAUUCAUGGUGGUGGGACAGCCACAUUAGUACCCAAAAACUCGAAGUGGCUUCAAGAUAAUCUAGAAGAGAUGGAUCAGAGAGUAAAACAGAUGUUGAAACUUGUUGAAGAGGAUGCGGAUACAUUUUCUAAGAAGGCUGAGAUGUAUUAUCAGAAAAGGCCAGAAUUGAUUAAGCUCGUUGAGGAAUUCUACCGAAUGUACCGGUCGCUAGCUGAGCGUUAUGAUAAUGUGACUGGUGAACUGCGGAAGAACAUUCCCUCUGAUCUCCAAUCCCAGGGCUCAGGCAUAUCUGAUACUGGUUCUGAACCUCCCUCCACAUGGACCACUCCUGAUCAGGGAUUGAGUCGUCGUAGAUCUGGUCCUCGACCUGCUGGUUUUGAAUUCUUCCUUGGAACUGGUGGAAGUAGCUCAGAUUUGAACACCAAAGAAGAUGAAUCGUCUACGUUGGACUCGGAAUCAGAAUCAGAUGACUCCUCUGUCAACAAUUACUCAGGCAUGCCAGGGAAUGGUGAUGACCAAGGCAUACGGCAGAAGAUUAUUGAAAUGGGAGUUGAGCUUCAGGAUGCGAAGGAAAAGCUACGAAUGCAACAGAAAAAUAACUCAGAUGGCGUUUCGAGGGGAAUAGAAAGUGGGAAUUCUGAAGUUCUACUACUAAGAAUUGCAGGAUACGAGGAAGAACUGAGAGUUGCAGAGGAAAAGAUUCGCCUUUCAGAAGAAGAGAUUGCUAGGUUGAAGAUUGAGCUCCACAAGUGUGAAACCUUGGAAUCCACCAACAAUGUACAGGUUGAGCGUGAAUCAAUGCAUAAAGAUGACAAAAAUUUGGGAGGUGGUUUGGAAGAGGAGAAAAAACAGGUUACACAGCUUCAAGGAAGAAUUGGUGGGCUGGAAGCAGAAGUUUCAGACUCAGAACACAAUAUUCAAACACUCGAGGAGGAGCUAAAAAUAACCAAAGCAGCACUGAACGGCACAGAAAAAGAAGUUGCAAGUUUGAGACAUGAACUUGGUUCAGCUCAGAGAGAUAUUGCAACAUGGAAAACCAAGGUAGAUAGGAAGGAAAAAGAGGUUUCAAAGAUGCAGGAUAGAAUUGAGAGGUAUAAAGCCAAUUUGUCGGGUCGUGAUCAAGAGAUCAGGGCCUUAAGAGAGACGAUUUCCAAUGCCAACCAGAGCUUAUCUGAAGAAAACUCGCACCUUCAGGCUGAAGUAACUAGGCAGUUGAAGGAACGAGCCUAUUUGGAGGACAAUCUUAAAGAAUGGGAUCUGCGUUGCCAAUCUUUGGAGGAGGAAGUCAGACGAGUAAAGGCUGGAAAAUCAGAGAUGGAAGCUCUGCUUGGAGCUGAGAUUGAGCAGUUGGAGGUAGGCAUUGCUGAGAGAGGUAGUCGGAUAGAAGAGUUGAACAAAAGCCUUGAUGCGUUAAAAUUGAAAUAUGACAUGCUGAUUGCAGAGAGAGAUAAUCUGAAUGCAGAGAGUAGUUCUAAGGACGAUCGGAUUGAUCAAAUGGGCAAGCAUUUGCAUCAGUUACACAUGGAACAUGUUGAACUGACUGCAGCAGCUGAAAGGACACGUAAACAGGUUGAGGAACUGAGAUCAAGAGGUAGAGAACUGGAGGAGGAGAAUGAGAGGCAAAGAGAAGUGAUUUUGGAAGGAGCAGAGGAGAAACGGGAGGCAAUAAGGCAGCUUUGUUUCUCGCUUGAGCAUUACAGGAAUGGGUAUCAACAGCUUCGACGGGCAUUUUUGGGGCACAAGCGACUUCCAGUUAUGGCAUCCUAAGUUAUUAUGUGCUGUUGGAUAAUCUUCUUCUUGGAGCUUUUCAUUACUUUUCUUACUGCUUUUCUGUUUUCAAUUUUUUUUUUUUGAAAAUUCCUUCGAGAGUUUCUGGGGAUUUCCUCUUCGUAAUUAUGGCCGUAUUGGCCUUCUGGUGGUUCUGUUUCUGUAAGUGCCGUAAGCAUCCAUCUGCCUUCUGUCCUGACUGUUAUGUUUGCUUCUAUUAGAAAUUGGAUCCAGUUUGACCAGAUACCCGACCCCUGGUAUGUUCACAUGGGUUAUGAGACCUGUAGGCUGCUUGGGAAAUUGGCUGUCAAACAACACUACUAAGUGUUCAGUUUAUUCCCACAGCUUGUGGGGAUGCGUCGAGAUCAUCUACGGAGUUUCAGGGGAUUAUGGUGCCUGUAUUACACUUGUGUUCCAUGGAUGUAAAGCCAAUAUCGAUCGACAGAGCCAAAGAUUUUCCA